AUGAGGAAUUUACGGUGGAAUUCAAUGUUUUAUUCUUUCGAAAGCGUCUUCUUUUCUUUCGAACCACCCUCCUUUGUUUUGCUUUCCCGUGACCCUUCAUUUGACGUUUCUUGGGAUCCUUUUAACUUGCUUGUCCCUCCUUUUCCAACCGCUCCUUUCACAUGCUUGUUUCUCUGGCCUUUUCUCAACAUAACUGCAAUAAUUGCGAUUAUAACAAUAAGAGAGAUAGCAAAAGCUGCUGGGAUUGCAAGACUGAAAAGACAUUGUGUGAAAGGAAUAUAA